AUGGUCUCGGUAGAGGCUAUACCGAGAACAUUUGGGAUUAUAUCGAUGACAUUUGUUCUCGGUAUAGGCCUUUUUGAUAGAAUAUUUUUGAAAAUAAAAAAGAACUCCUUAAUAGAACAUGAUAAAUCCAGGUUAGAGGGAAGAGUGGCGAUUGUGACUGGCGGUGCAAGAGGAAUUGACGAGGCAACAGUAAGAGUAUUCACCAAACACGGUGCCAAAGUAGUCAUAGCCGACAUUGACGACACCAUAGGAAAACUCUUAUCUCAAUCCUUAUCUCCUUCAGUAGUGUACGUACACUACGACGUGAGCUUAGAACAAGACAUCAAAAAUUUGAUCAAUUUCACAGUGUCCCACUACGGUCGCCUCGACAUCCUCUUCACCAACGUCGGAAUCCUUGGAAACCAAUCAAAGUCGACCAAGAGCAUCGUCUACUUUGACGUCGACGAGCUCGAUCGAAUCUUAGGAGUCAACGUGAGAGGAGUCUCCUUGGGAAUGAAGCACGCAUCGAGGGUCAUGGUUCCUAGGAGGAGUGGAUGCAUCAUUUCAACGACAAGCAUCGUAGUUUUCAUGGGAGGUCUUGGGCCGCACGCCUACGCGACUUCAAAGAACGCCGUGGUGGGGCUGAUGAAAAAUGCUGCGUGUGAGCUCGGGCAACAUGGGAUUAGGGUUAACUGUAUUUCACCUUUUGGAGUGGCCACCUCCAUGAUGAUUAGUGCAUGGAUUAAGAAUGGUUGUGAUGAGGAGGAUGAGAGUGGGUAUUUGAAAGUAGGGUCACCUGAAGAAAAUGUGGAGAAAAUGGAAGAGUUUGUGAGAGGAGUGGCCAAUUUAAAGGGAGCCACAUUGAAAGCUAAAGAUAUAGCGGAAGCCGCUCUUUAUCUAGUAAGUGAUGAAUCCAAGUAUGUGAGUGGCCAUAACCUUGUGGUGGAUGGGGGCUAUACAUGUUCCAAAAACUGUGUCGGCUUGUAAUUCAUUGUUAUAUACAUACUUAUAUUAAUUAAGAGUAUUCCUAAGGGCA